ACGUGCGCGGGCCCGCGGGGCGGUGGAGGGGCGGGGCCCACGAAACUCCUCGGGCCGCAGCGAUGGCGGCUGCGUCGGGUUCAUUUCGCGUGCAGCGUUGCAUGGUGUCGCCAGCUGGGAGGCACAGCGCCUCGCUGAUCUUCCUGCACGGCUCAGGUGAUUCUGGACAAGGAUUGAGAACAUGGAUCAAGCAGGUUUUAAAUCAAGAUUUAACAUUCCAGCACAUAAAAAUUAUUUAUCCAACAGCUCCUCCCAGGCCAUAUACUCCUAUGAAAGGAGGAAUCUCCAAUGUAUGGUUUGACAGAUUUAAAAUAUCAAAUGACUGCCCAGAACACCUUGAAUCAAUCAAUGUAAUGUGUAAAGUGCUCACAGAUUUGAUUGAUGAUGAAGUAAAAAGUGGCAUCAAGAAGAAUAGAAUAUUAGUAGGAGGAUUUUCUAUGGGAGGGUGCAUGGCAAUGCAUUUAGUGUACAGAAAUCAUCAAGAUGUGGCAGGAGUAUUUGCUCUUUCUAGUUUUCUGAAUAAAACAUCUGCUGUGUACCAGGCUCUUCAGGAAAGUGAUGGUGUACUCCCUGAAUUAUUCCAGUGUCACGGCACUGCAGAUGAGUUAGUUCCUCAUUCUUGGGGUGAAGAGACAAACUCCGUGUUAAAGUCCCUAAGAGUGAGCACGAAGUUUCAUAGUCUCCCAGGUGUUUACCAUGAGCUAAGCAAAGCUGAGCUAGAAAAACUGAAGUCAUGGAUACUUCAAAAGCUUCCAGGAGAAAUGGAGAAGCAAAAUGAAUGAAUCAAGAUUGAUUUGUUGACCUACCUGUAAUGUCUUUGUGAAAAGUGGUUUUUACUGCCAAAUUAUACUUUGAUAAGUGAUAAUUAAAAUAGUAUUAUCAGUAAACAAUAUCAAGUUUACUGACUUAUUUACUGGUUAUUGAAAUGCUUAGCACCACAGAGAGUAGCAUCAUCUUAUUCAUGGUAAAUAUUAAUUUAGACAGACAUCUGUGUGUUAUUUUUCAGAUACAUUUGUAAAUAUUUGGAGACCUUUUAAGUAAUUAAAUGAUUAAAUUUUAAAAAUAAUGUAAAGUUGGUUUAAGUAAGAGCAAUGAGAAAACAUGAAAAGGCUUAAUAUGGCAUUUUAUUUACAAGUGUCCUAUUUUGUUUCCAAAUAUUCAGGAAUAUUGUAGAUGUGUUUAUUAUUGAUUCCUGAUUUAAAUCCAUUGUGGCCAGAGAGCAUAUUUUGUGUUACUGUUUUAUCUGUAUUCAUGAAGGUUAUUGGCUUGAAGUUUUGCUAUUUAAUUUGUUUUGUACAUUUUUUGGUCUGGUUUUGGUAUCAGGGUAAUACUGACCUCAUAAAAUGAAUUGGGAGGUGUUUUCUCCUCUUCUGUUUUUUUGGGAGAAAUUGUAUAGAAUUGGCAUUAAUUUUUACUUUAAAUUUUUGUUGAAAUUCUCUAGUGAAACCUUCUAGGCCUGGAGAUUUCGUUUAUCUCUUGACAGUGCACCUACAAGUUUAUUAUAAACAACCUCACACUUAGUACAAGAACCUUCCAUUUUCCCCUUCCUGGUCUUUAUGCUAGUUUUCACACUUUACUUAUAAAUAACAUGUACCAUAAAUCUCACAACACAUUACUACUCUCUUAUUUAAAGUCAGCUUUCCUUUAAAUCAAAUAAUGACGAAAAAAUCUUAUAUGUAUACCUGUGUAGUUACCACUUCCAGUGCUCUGCAGUUAUUUUGUGCUGAUAACGUCUUUCUGGUAUCCUUUUCAUUCUGCCUGAAGGACAUCCUUUAAAUAAUUCCGGUACAAAUCUGCUGGCAAUGGAUUCUUUCAGCUUAUAUGUCUAGGAAAGCCUAUAUUUUGCAUUAAUUUUGAAAAGAUACUUUCACUGGGUAUGAAAUUCUGGCUUAACAUUUUUUUCUUCAGUAUUUUAACUUUUUUUUUUAAUGUUUAUUUUUGAGAGACAGAGAGAGAGAGAGAGAGAGAGAGAGAAACAGAGCACAAGUUGGGAAGGGGCAGAGAGAAGUAGACACAGAAUCCAAAGCAGGCCCCAGGCUCCAAGCUGUCAGCACAGAGCCCGACGCAGGGCUCGAACUCAUGAACUGUGAGAUCACGACCUGAGCCGAAGUCGGAUGCUUAACCGACUGAGCCACCCAGGCACCCCUUUUCUUCAGUAUUUUAAACAUGGUGUUCCACUAUCUUCUUGCUAACUUUAUUUCACACAGGAAAUCUGUUGUUAUUAUCUUUGUUCUUCUACAUCUAAUUUUUUGGUUUUUUACUCUUGCUGUUUUUAAGAGUUUAUCACUGAUUUUGAACAAUUUGAUUGUGAUAUAUAUUGGUCUGGUUCUUCAUGUUUCUUAUCCUUGUGGUUCCCUCUAAUCUUUUUGGGUGUUUCUUUCAUUUCAGAUACUCUCCUCACAUGCACGUGGUGAUUAGUGCUCUAAGUAACCAGGUAGACCAUCUCUGGUUCUCUGGAGUUCUCCAUCCAUGUAACGUACUCUUCCCUGGGACACUGUCUUACAAACUCUAACCAAGCUGAUCUACUCAGACUCUUAGCUCUGCUUCUCAACAUGGGAGUCCUCCAAGCUCCACCCCCUCAGCUCUGUGGCCUGGGAACUCUCUCAAGGCAACAAGCUGGGGCCAUCUGUAAAGCUCACCUCAUUUCCUUCCCUUUCUGUCAGAGAACACCGUCUUUUACUGCCUGAUUGAUGUCCAGUAUUUUGAAAAAGUUUGUUUCCAGUAUUUUGGCUUUUUUUUUUCUUGGUUGUUUCAGAUGAAAGAAUAAAUUCCUUCCUUGUAUUAUGUCAGUGGCUGGAAGCUCCACUAAAUUAUCCUUUAAAGAGGUUUACCUUUCUUUCAUUCUUUUUAUUUACUUUUCUUCAGUGCCCUUCAUUCCUUAAUGUGGUUUCACAUUUCCAUAUGCUAUCAUUUUCCUUCUGCCUGAAGUACUUCAACAUUUAUGAUAAUGCAGGUCUGCCACUAUUAAAUCUUUCCAUGUAUGGCUGAAAAAGUCUUAUUUUGCCUACAGUUUUUUAAAGAUAUAUAGAAUUCUAGGUUGACAGGGUGGUUUGUUUUUUUUUCCUUUCAUUUUAUUAUUAUCUUUUUUAACGUUUGUUUUUGAGAGAGAGAGAGAGAAGAGGGGAGGGACAGAGAGAGGGAGACACAGAAUCCGAAGCAGGCUCCAGGCUCUGGGCUGUCAGCACAGAGCCCAACGCGUGACUCAAACUCAUGAACUGUGAGAUCGUGACCUGAGCCGAUGUCAGAUGCUUAAUUGACUGAGCCACCCAGGUGCCCCUUACUUUCAUUACCUUAAAGAUCUUACAUUACUGUCUUCUAGUUUGCAUUUUUUUUGUGUUGUUUUUCCUUAAAAAUUUUUUUAAUGUUUAUUUUUGAGAGAGAGACAGAGACAGUGUGAGUGGAGGAGGGGCAGAGAAAGAGGGAGACAUCCGAAGCAGGUUCCAGGCUCUGAGCUGUCAGCACAAAGCCCGAUGCAGGGCUGAAACUCAUGAGCUGUGAGAUCAUGACCUGAGUGGAAGUCAGAGGCUCAACCGACUGAGCCACCCCGGCGCCCCUUCUGCUGUUUUUCUAAUCUUUUUUCCCCUGGCUGCAUUUAUAAUUUUCCCUAUCUUUAGUUUUAAGCAGUUUGAUUAUGACACGCUUUGGUGUUGUUUUCUCCAUUUUCCUUGUGUCAGGAGUUUGUUGAGUUUCUGUUUUUUAGAUCUGUGGAUUUAUAGUUUUCAUCAAAUUUAGAGACAUUUUGGCCACAGCGUUUUCAAAUCUUUGUCUCUCCCUCUUCUCUUUUUUGGGGACUUCAGGCUUACUGAUACUUAUUCCUUUUUCCUUUCCUUUUCCUUUUUUUUUUUUUUCAUUCUUUCACUCUGCAUUUCAUUUUGGAUGGUUUCUGUUGCUGUGUUGUUGAGUUCAUUGAUGUCCUGCAAUGCUUCAUUUGUUAUUAAUCCUAUCCACUUUAUUUUUUACCUCAGAUACUGCACAUCUCUAGAAGUUCUGUUUUCUUUUAUUUGUUGCAUUUUAUAUUUAAUGUGCUCAUUCUCCACCUUCUUGAAUAUAUGGGACAUAAUUAAAAAACAGUUGUAAUAUU